AUGUCAGAUAAUAAUGAUGAUUUUUUUAGAAUAGAUAAGAAAGGUAAUAGAGGACCUAGAGGUAAUCAAAAAGGUGGAGGAACAGGUCAUGAUCGUGCUUGUUUCAAAUGUAAUCAGACAGGUCAUAUUUCGAGAGAUUGCCCUGAGGCAUCGUCAUCUUCCUCAAGUAGAGCUGGUGGAAACGAUCGUAGUUCGGGUGGAGGAGCAGGAAAUGAUCGUGCUUGUUUCAAAUGUAAUCAGACAGGUCAUAUAUCUAGAGAUUGCCCUGAGGCAUCGUCAGGUGGUUAUAAAAAUAAUAAUAACAAUAAUAACCAAUAUAAUGGAGGUAAUAGAGGAAAUCAAAAGGGUGGUAGUACUGGUCAUGAUCGUGCUUGUUUCAAAUGUAAUCAAACUGGCCAUAUUUCGAGAGAUUGUCCAGAGGCAUCGUCCUCUAUCUCAAGUAGAGCUGGUGGAAACGAUCGUAGUUGUUACAAAUGUAAUCAAACCGGUCAUAUUUCGAGAGAUUGUCCAGAGUCAUCGUCCUCUAUCUCAAGUAGAGCUGGUGGAAACGAUCGUAAUUGUUUCAAAUGUAAUCAACCAGGUCAUAUUUCAAGAGAUUGUCCAGGCGUAGAUGGAAACAACAACAACAGCGGAAACAAUAGAAGAAAGGAUGCAGCCGAUAAUCAAUUCUACUCUGGUGGACAGCAGCAAUCACAAACCAAAAGAGAAGGUGGAAACAAAAGAGGCGGCGGCGGUGAUAACCCAUUCUACAAUGAAAAACAACAACAGGAUGACAAUGAAGAUAAUACCGAUACUACAACAGAAAAGAAGAGUUUCAAAGUAACAGAGGUCGAUACACAAACCAGAAACUAUUUAGAGAAGAUCAAUGAGGUUAUCACCGAUAAACCAAAGGAUUACGAUGACGAUACCGACGAGUUAGAUCAUAAUAUCAUCAUUGAGAAUGCACUGAAAGAGAUCGAGAGCAAAGCAACAUUGGUUGCUACAGAUCGUAUCUGUAGUUUCAUCCUAGAAGGUAUUUUGAAGCGUGCAUUGCCAUCACAGAUUAUCAUGAUUGCUUCGAUGCUACAAUACGACUUUAUGGUAGUUGCCACUCACGUCAAUGGUUCCAGAGUGUUGGAGUCUAUCAUUGUUCAAAUCCCUGUAAUCAUUGCCAAAGCCAAGAAAUCUGAUCUUAUCAAAUUCCAAGAGAUCUUAUUUAAACUUGUUGAUAUUCUUGUUGAAAAUAUCAGUAGUGUAAUUGAAGAUAGAAGUGCACCAUUUGUAUUAUCAAAGUUAUUCAAUAUUAUGAGUGGUACCGUUACCGAGAAGUUUUCAACAUCGAAAGGAAGUAAACAUAAUCAAUCAGAAGAAGAAAAACAAAGAGAGAUAAUAGUUCAAUCAUAUGAAGCACCUACUGCAUAUAAAGAGAAGAUCCAAGCUGCUUUGACUACUAUUCAUGAAACGUUGAAAGAGAAACUACCUUUAUUGAUUUUCAACAAUAAGACAAGAGAGACUAUAAAGACAAUCAUUGAGCUAUCUUGCAGUAACACCGAACUAUUCAACAGUAUUCUCGAUACCAUUUUAACACCACAGAAUGAAGGUCAAACUGAAAAAGAUAGAUUCUUAGAGGUUAUCUAUAAUAAGUUUGGUUCUCUUAUUUUUGAAUCUAUUUUAAAGUCAUGUCCAAACACAAGUUAUUCAAGAAUAUUCUCAUUGAUGAGAUUGCAGUUGGUAAAGUUCUCUGAGGAUUUAGUAUCGAAUCAUGUUGUUAAAUCAUUGAUUGAAAACGUUAGAGAUAAUGCACAAUUGGCAACAUUGAUCCAAGAGCUUAAAGACAAUUUUAAAAAACUAAUAGGUAUUUAUAUUUAG